UCAAACCAUAACUCACAUGUUAAUACACUUAUCUUCUGAUUCUAGAAGUAAAGGAAAUAGUUUAAGCUUCGGGCUGCUUGUUUUAGAUCACAUAUGCUUCACGAAGGUUACGAGUAGAAGACUGGCCAAAUUUUGUAGACGAUUUAGGAUACACUGGAAUAAAAUGAAUGUAGACAUUUGUAUACUUUGCUGGCUGGUUAUGCAGCUAUUUAGGCUUGCUGGAACUGAGGUGUUCACGUCAAUGAAUGAUUUGCAGAAGGUUUUGAUAGCCGAGCAAAGAGUGGCCCAGGAGCUCAGGGAACACAUCAAAACAGAGGAGAGGAGGCUACAACAACUUCGUCGCUUGGCAGAUGAAUUUGAAGAACACAGCAACGGAGCUCUAGAUGAAUAUGAAGAACAUUUGGGCAACCCAGUCAAUGCUUAUCUUUUGUUAAAAAAAUUGACCGUUGAUUGGCAAAAGGUUGAAAAUCAACUGGCUGGACCCAAUACCACAGAAUUUUCUCAGAGAAUUCGAGGUUCAGAAAUGGAAUGUCUCCCAGACGAGGAUGAUUUAACGGGUGCAAUAGCGGCCUUGCUCAGACUUCAGGACACUUAUAACAUUCCAACAUCAGCCAUCGCGUCUGGGAGGAUAGGCGAAAAGAGAGGAAACAGAAUGUCAGCCGAGGAUUGUUUCUUAAUUGGGCGCCAUGCGUACCUGGAAGGGGCGUGGCACCACGUGGUGUCCUGGAUGCUACAAGCCUUAGAGGAGUAUCAGAGAGAAGACAACAAAACUGCAGACAAAGUAGACAUAUUAGACCACCUUGUUUAUACACUUGUGCAGCAAGGAAACUUAAAACGUGCGUACAAUAUCACGCUGGAGCUAUUAGCAGCAGACCCAAACCAUCCAAGAGGCAUACAAAACAAGAUGUAUCUAGAGGACAAGUUGGCUAAUAAACUGAGCGACUUGGAAGAUAUUCCGCCUUUAAACAAUCCCAGAACAGGUGAUCUUCAAUCUGAAGAUCUCGACUACGAGGCCAUCUGCAGGGGAGACAAAAUUAUGGAAAACCCUUACAGACACAAGUUGUCUUGCCGUUAUUUCCAUAACAACAAGCCCUCUCUGUUACUGAGACCAGUUAAACAAGAAACAGUGUACCUAAACCCUACUUUGACAUACUACCACGAUUUUCUCUCAGAAUAUGAAAUGGACGUCAUCAAGAAAUUGGCCGGACCUAAUUUAAAACGUGCUACUGUAAGAAACGUGGCCACACACAGAUAUGAACCCGCACGGUACAGAAUCAGUAAAAGCGCAUGGUUUGAUGAUACCUACGACCCUAUGAUCGAGAGGGUGCGCAAGAGGAUAUCAGAUGUGACCGGACUGUCUCUAGAAAAUGCAGAAGCAUUACAGGUUGCCAAUUACGGACUGGGUGGUUAUUAUGCACUACAUCUAGAUUGCGCUAAGAAAGGAGAUAACGAUGCAUUUGAAGAAUACAGAGGGAAUCGAAUAGCAACCUGGAUAAACUAUAUGAGCGACGUUGAAGCUGGGGGCGCCACAGCGUUUGUCCGCAUUGGAGUAAGAGUCCCACCUAAUAAGUUUCAUCAAAGAAUCAGAAAUUCGAACAAAAAAAAAGCAACAAUUUGA